CGUGGCAAAUUUAGACUCCUUUGAUGACACGUCGGAUGACACGCGUCCAAUUAUAGGCAAAGUUCCCUUCCAGUACCCGUUCCUUUCUCUCGCCCAAGUUCUUCGCGCGGAAGGAAAGAAAUCUGCUACAAAUCUUCACGCUGAAAAGAAACGAAUAUGAUCCUGAUUCCUCGCUCCAGUAGCCGAUUCUUAGCCUCCCUAUGUGCGAAGCACUGAUCUCUUCCAUCGGCCAACACUUCUCCUUCUCCAAAAAAGCACCGUACUGUACAUCUUCACUGAAGGAAAUUUGCACCUAAUGAAGGAAAGUCAACAUCCACUGAUUCUUCGCGGAUUCUUCACGUCAAUUAUGAGAUCUACAUCGUCAAAUUCGAUUUAUUUUGUGUCAAUUCGAUAAUCAGAUAUGGAUUCAGAUAUUGGGCAUGGUUCCUGGGAGAGGUUGACAAAGCACGAGAACACAGGCAGUAACUUUAGGUUGGACGCAGUGUCAUUAGUUAAUGGUGAAGUGUACAGCAUCUUCUCAGCCUGUCCAAAGCUUGAGUCUUUAAUGUUGAAAUAUUGUAGACUUCCAUCUAAGUUAUAUAUUGGCGGACCAGAACAUGAGUGGAAGUCUUUAACAAUCACAAGUUGUAUCGGGGUAAAGAAGCUAGAGCUUUGUGCUGGAAAUUUGACUAGCUUGGAAAUCAUUUCCUCUCAAAAGCUGGAAGAAAUUAGUCUUUCCCAUGUUCCAAAGCUGAGACAUUUUUUGUUGGGUUAAAAUGUUCUGGUCAUAUGUCUUAUAUGAUUUGUCGGGUUGCCAAGGACAUGCCUGAACUUGAAUCCUUAUAUAUUGAAUCACGGGUCAGUGAGGUAUGUGUGCGUGUGUGUGUGUAGUGUGUUUCUUUUGCCAUGUCCUUUUUUUGCUUUCAUAUCGUUUUCCCCUCCCCCACUAUGCUACUGAUGAUGAUUUUCCAGAUAUAUUAUACCCCGUCAGGAGGGCGUGCGUUCAACAAUCUUAAGGAUGUAUAUGUACUCAUGGACUUUAGAUGGCUAUAUGGUGCUCAACAAAUUGCUUGUGUUAUUAGCUGCUCACCAUUUCUACGCAAAUUUCGUUUGGUGACAAAAGGUAUUGUAGACAUAGGAGUACCGAGGCUAGCAUUUACCUCAACUUAUGAUCAUAUUCAUCUGAAAGAAGUGGAGAUUGGGGGAUUUCAUGGACAUGAGAGCGAGCUUGAAUUGAUUAUCUUUCUUCUUAGAUUUCCAGAGAAAUGAAAGUAUCGUAUAUCAUCUGUUCCAACACAUAGGACUUAGAGAGUGAAAAAAGUAAAUCGUAAGCAAGUCCUUUUGGUAUGAUCAAGUGCUCAAUUUUUUUAAUUAAUUUUUAACACAUAGUACAUCUUAUUGAGAUAAAACUUCUAAUAUGACUUUUAUCUUCUCAUGGAUGAUGAUUAUAGGUCAUUUUUUGACACUUGAGUUUUACUUUCUUUCUCCAUGGCAAUGCUCCGUAUUUGUAAUAAUCUUCUCACGGCUGAUGAUAAUGAGAUGCGAUAUUUUACGUAGAAUUGGCAUAAGUUUUCUUCAAGUCUCAUAGGUGGGUUUACUUAAUUAGUAUGAUGUUUUUUAUGCAUGGAUAAUUAGUUUCAUUUUUCAUGGCAUCAACACCCUAUCCCACCAACACCUCUCAACUUCACACUUUUAGAGGUACACAAUUAAAAUGUUUUAGCAUAAGCCAUUAGUCUCCAGUUUCUCUUUUUUUAUUCUUCCAUUCUUUAUGUUGAGUAGCAGAUACCACAUGAGAAAUUACUCCAUUUUAGGCAUUUU